AUGCCGUCCACCCAUCCCCUUCUGGGGACCCGAUGGUUCCAGGAUGCGGUACGGGAUGUGGCCAAGCACGUGAGCGAGGGCCUGCCCUUCAUGGAGCUCGUCCAGCUGCACGGACCCUGCUCCGGCAAGGCCCCCCACUUCUCUUCCUUUAAAGUAGAGGACGACGUGGUCAGCGCCCCCCAGUUGUGGCGCAGCAUCGCGGAGUGCCUGAGCGGGGAGGACCCCGAUGUGGUCAUGCUCUGCAAGCGCGUGGACUCCGCCGCGGAUGUGGGCGGCCAGGCCUCGCCGUCCUCGGACACGGUGACGGAGGUGAAACAGGCCUGCCGCGCACUGGUGCGCUCCGGCAUCGCCCACGCCGUCAUGCGCGGACGCGUCGGCGACUGCUGCGAGGAGGACGCGCCCUGGGACGACCGUGGCGCGGGCCCCGGGUUCUGGUCCCGACACCACCACCGCCCCCAUGGCAAGGCCGCACGCGUUGGCCAGGCGCAGGAGGUCAACUUCUGGGGCCUGGUGGUGCAGUCGCGCGCGCACACGGGCGCAGAGGGCUGCUACCUGCUCAAGACGGUGCGCAACGUGGAGCCAGCCACCGACUGCUCCUGCACGCACUACUCCCUGACCCGCAUCUGCCAGGGCGAGGGCCUGGAGGGCCAGUUCGUCAAGAGCUGGCUGGCUCGGUCGUGA